GCCAGAGUGCCAGUGUACAAAAUACAGCUAGUUAGCUAGCUAGCUACAAUAGUGACAGAGGACUGACUACUCCGUACUGACUGACUGAUGUUACCUCAUCUCCCGCCCGCCCCCUUUAACGUGGGGGCAAAACCAAACAAACCCGCAGUGGCAAAGGCCCACCCCCGAGUCACAAGACAGCUCCUCCGUCACAUGAUGUGGGGUCGUCCCGCGGCAUUAAUGCGCCACCGGUCGCGGCUGAAGGGGAUUCCAUGUCUAUCUAUCUCUCUCUACCAUAUCAUGCUCAAUCGAGAAACAGUAUCGCCCAUACGGCCUUUACUCGGCUCCGCCAUUGUCGACUGCUCUCCUGACCUGCGAAAGUGCCGACACUAUGAUCGAUUGCUGACUAGAAGCCAACGGGGAUGGAAGGACGCUACUGGGCGCAGCUGCAUCACGUCAAACAGCGGCUUAGAAGCACCGGAUAAGGCACCAUGCAUCAAGUGCAGCUUGCAGACAAAGAAUGAUAAACAGCAGGUGCCGCCGGUGUCUUACGGAGUACUCCCGCCCGACCUUAGUCAAUACUAGAGAUAUCCGACAGGACGCGCAGGCUGGGAACAACAACAACAGGGACGGUGAUGCUGUUGUGUGAACACAACGCCCGUUGCCUAUUUCCUCUAUAGGUAGUCUGCCAUU